ACAAAUGCACAUGUCAAAAUAGUAAAUGGUAAUUAAUUUGUUUUAACAACGUAUUUAUAUAAAAUAAAACAUAAUGGCACAGAAAAAUAAACAUAAAUCAAAGACUGUAUCAGAUAAAAUAACUGAUUUAAUUGUGAGACCGAAUGCUGAAGAUAGUGCCGAAUCUGAUGACGAGAUAAAUGAAUUACCGCGUGUUGUUGAUUUUGAAGAAGAUUAUGAAUUACCUGAUGCGAAAGCCACUGAAUUCAGGAAACGUAAUAUUAAGCUGUUAUCCCAACAAAGUGAACGUUAUAGAGGAAAAUUAGCUUCACGUAAAGACUUUAUUAGCGAUGAAGAAAGUGAAGCCAGCAUUAAUAGUGAAGACGACGAAUACGAACACUCAAAUGAUAGCAAAGACGCUUUAAAAGAAGCAGAGGAGUCUGCAAGUAACGCGAGCAGUGAUAUGGAUGAAGUUUCUGAAAAUGAACAAAGCGAUUUUGAUGAGAGUGAAGAAGAUUAUGAUGGUGAAGUAGCUAACACAGAUAGUGAAGAUGAUAACAGUGAUGAAGAUGACAGCAGUGAUGAAGAUGAAGAAGCUGAUAACACCACUGAAAUGGUUGCUGAAAAAAAUAUUCAAAAGGAAAUGCAAAAAGGUUUAUGUGUACAAAAUCAAGUACGCAUUUGGGAAAAAUUAUUAGAGUUACGUAUACAAUCACAGAAAUUAUUAACAAAAGCAAAUCAGUUACCCAUCAUCGAAGACAGUACUGUAGAACUUACAAACACUAGAACUGAAACCACACAAAAGUUGGGUGUUUUAUUGAAUUCAUUUCUGACAUUACAAAGUGCACUUACAAAUCAAUUUUCUGAACUAAAAAGUAAUAUGCAACACUCGCUAAAGCGUCCAUCACCAUUCGUUAAUAAUGAAAUGCCACCAGUAAAACGAAUUGCUACACAUUUACAGGAGCGUUUUAAAGAAUUUCAAACAUAUCGCAAUCAAGUUUUACUUAAAUGGGAUGAUCGUACAAAGUUAUUAGCGCCCGGUGCUGGCAGUAAAAAGAAAUCCCUUCACGAUGAGUUUAAUGUAUUACAGAAAAUAGAUAAUGCUUUAAUGAAUCGUAGUACACUUAUUGAAAAAUCGCAAUUGCUGAAAAAUAAUACAAAAACAGCAGAAAACAAUAAUGAGGAUGAUGAGGAUAGUGAGACACCCAAUCCAAAUAUAUAUGAUGACAGCGAAUUUUAUCAUCAGCAAUUACGCGAACUAAUUGAGUAUAAAGCAAACACGUCCACUAGCAUGAUGGAGGUGACGAAACAAAUGUUGGAAUUGCAGAAAUUACGUCAGAAGAUGAAAAAGAAUGUCGACACACGAGCGAGUAAGGGCAGGAAAUUACGUUAUAUGGUGCAUAAUAAACUAAUAAGUUUUAUGGCGCCAAUUGAUGACACAACGUGGACAGAUGAAUCAAAGGAUGAACUUUACAAAUCACUUUUUGUAUAAUACAUAUAAAAAUUUUAUUAGUACGAUAAUACAGUAAAAUCUCUGUUAAAUGGAUGUUCUCAUAAGUGGACAACUCUCAUAAAUGUGCGAUACUGCUAGUACCCAAUAUUCUUUAAACGAGACAAUACUCUUAAUCUGA